GUGGACAUUCAUUCGAUCAUCAUGAAAGUGCUCGUAGUCUUCGCUCUGGCUUUGGCCUCCGCCUCCGCUGGCCUGCUGCCCCAGGUUCUGCCUGUGCAUCCCCGUGACCUGCCGGUGGUGCCCUCGAUCGAGGGUCGUAUCACCAACGGCCAGACCGCCUCGGAGGGACAAUUCCCCUACCAGGUGGGACUAAGCUUUGGCAGCUCCAGCGGCAGCUGGUGGUGCGGUGGCUCCAUCAUCGACAACUCCUGGGUGCUCACAGCUGCUCACUGCACCAGCGGUGCCUCUGAUGUGACCAUCUACUACGGCGCCACUGUUCGCACCAACGCCAAGCUCACCCAGACCGUCUCCAGCUCCGGCUUUGUGCAGCACGCCAGCUACAACAGCGUUGUCCUGAGGAACGACAUCUCCCUGAUCAAGACCCCUGCCGUCAGCUUCACCUCGGACAUCAACAAGGUGGCUCUGCCCUCCAUUGCCAGCAGCUACUCGACCUAUGCCGGUGACACCGCCAUCGCUUCCGGCUGGGGCAAGGACUCCGAUGCUGCCACCUCCGUGACCAACACCCUGCAGUACAGCGACUUCACCGUUGUGACCAACACCGUGUGCUCGAACACCUACGGCUCUCUGAUCAUCACCAGCAGCGUCAUCUGCAUUGCCACCCCCAACAAGAUCUCCACCUGCAACGGCGACUCUGGCGGCCCAUUGGUCCAGAAGAGCACCAACCUCCUGAUCGGCGUCACCUCCUUCGUGUCGAGCGCUGGCUGCGAGUCCGGCGCCCCAGCCGGCUUCUCCCGCGUCACCAGCUACCUGGACUGGAUCCAGUCCAACAGUGGAGUCUCCUACUAAGCAGAGCAGCAGCACUCUUUUUUUUUCCAAAAUAAAAAACCGAUUAUAAUCUAUAAAAU